CAAAGUGUCAAUCCCAAGUGUAACAUGGCCGAAACUCCCCCUGUGAUCAUUUGGGAAGAUGAAGUUCGCCGCUGGUUGCACUAUAAUGAACUAAUUCCGCGCCUUGAAACGGCUUUGGGCAAAUUCUCCAAUCGGAACAGUGCGGAGGUGAUUCAGCCUGUGCGCACCACUGUCCCCCUGCAGAAACACAGUGGGUUUCUUGGACUGAUGCCUUGCUACAUGGAGAAAGACGGAAUCCUGUGUACAAAGUUGGUGAGCUUCUACAAUAGACCGAGUGGGUCCACUUUACCAUCAACACAAGCCACUGUGAUGCUUAUGGACCCUGAGCAUGGGAAUGUUAAGGCAGUUAUGAAUGGAGAAGUUAUCACAUCCAUGAGGACAGCAGCAGUCUCAGCAAUCUCAGCUAAGUUGCUGAUGCGUCCUGAUGCAGAGGUUCUGACCAUUUUGGGAACAGGCAAACAGGCCACAAGUCAUUACAAUGUUUUCACAGAAAUUUUCCAGUUUAAGGAGGUGCGUGUUUGGAGUCGCUCAGUGGACAGAGCGGACACCUUUGCAGGCUCUUUAAAUGGUCCAGUUACAGUGUGUAAGUCAGUGGAGGAGGCGGUGAAAGGAGCUGAUGUUAUAGUCACCGUAACCACAAGUACAGAGCCAGUGCUGUUCGGUCAGUGGGUCAAACCAGGUGCUCAUGUUGCAGCAGUGGGAGCUUGCAGACCCAAUAGUCGUGAACUGGAUGACAAUUUGAUGAAGCAGUCAAUUGUGUAUGUGGACAGCCAGGAGGCAGCAAUGACAGAGUCUGGAGACAUCAUCCUCUCUGGGGUUGACAUUUUUGCUGAAAUUGGAGAUGUAAUCAAUGGAACAAAACCAGCUUGCAGAGAAAAGACCACUAUAUUUAAAUCCUUAGGUCUGGGGGUUGAAGAUGCAAUCUCUGCUCAACUGGUCUAUGACAAAUGGAAACGUAAUGUUGAUUUAUAGCUCUACAUAACAUUUAGCUUAAUAUCAAGAACUUUCUGUAAGUAGGUUUCCAAAUAAUUCAAAUGACAUUAACAUUCUAAUAAACAUAAUUA